AUGUCAGAGCAACCGGAGGACCUGAAGGAUUUAAUGCCCACAGAGAGGAAGUCCACGUGGAGGACGGCCGAGGAGAGGCGCAUGUCUGACCUCACCCGCGUGUUAGAGUGGCUGGAGCGGAGGAAGGGGAAGACAAAGCAGCCUUUCCAACAGCAGAAGAGCAAGGUUGCCACGGUCCCUAGCUCAGGUGAGAAGGAAGUGAAGAAAGUCAAAGGCAUCCUGAAGACGCAGGGAAAGAGCCAAGCUGACACCCCUGGGCAGGCCUCAGAGCAAAGCUCCAGUAAGGAAGGGGACCCUGUUGUCUCCCGAAGGGUCUACAGACUGGAGCAAAAGGCAAAACGCUACAGCACAGUCCCUGGUAACUACACCGAGGAUGGCCCCAGGAAAUCUGAGUUAGACAUCAAAGAUGUGAUUGCCUUAGAGUCCAUGCAGCGGUCAACCUCAUUCCGUCGGCAAAGCGUUACCUUAGAUCCCGGCGCGCAGGAGAAUGUCUAUGGCACCCGGAGGGGGAACUUCCUGAGAGACUGGACCAUCAAGACGUCCGACUCCCUUUACGAACGCAAGCUGAAGAGCCUCAUGGAGAAAGGCACGGAGCUCAAGACUGAGUCUGCAAAGAUGCUGAAGCCGGAGGAGGUGCUGAGCUGCCGAUACCUGAGGUUGUCCAAGAACAACAUCCGGACCCUGCUCAAGCUGUGCAGGAACGCGGGAAUGAAUGUGGACAUCCAUCCCCACAUGGUCGAAGCGGAGAUAGAUGCCAAAAAGGUGUUCAGCCGAACCCACAGCAUCGCGCUCUAA